AUGGGUUCCUUAACACCCUUAAAACUUCCUGUGAUUGAUUUCACUAAGGAAGACAUGAAACCCGGCACAUAUUCCUGGGUUUCAGCUCGUCGAGAAUCUGUGUCGGCCCUUGAAGAGUAUGGCUGCUUUGUAGCAUUGUACGAUAAAGUAUCAUCAGAAGUUCAUGAGAGGGUUUUCAAAGGUUUGGUGGAGUUGUUUGAUCUUCCUACGAAUGUUAAAGUUCAGAAUAAGUCCACAAAACCCUUGUAUGGCUACGUGGGACAAAUCCCAAUCGUCCCUCUUUAUGAGAGCAUGGNUGAGAGCAUGGGCAUUGAUCAUGCGAACACUCUUCAAGGAAUUCAGAGCUUCACAAAACUCAUGUGGCCUCAUGGGAAUCAUGAUUUCAGUGAGGCAAUGCUGGUGUACUCAAAAGUAGCAGCAGAGCUGGAAGAAAUGGUGGUGAGGAUGGUGUUUGAGAGCUAUGGCGUAGAGAAGUAUUAUGAAUCCCACGUUAAGUCUGCGUGUUAUUUGGCAAGGGUUAUGAAGUACAGAGAAGCCCAAGAGAAUGAACCUAAAUUAGGGUUUGUUUCCCACACAGACAAGAGUUUCAUGUCCACAAUUUAUCAGAAUUGUCAUAUCAAUGGCUUGGAGAUCAAGACUAAAAAUGGUGAUUGGUUUGGUGUUCAGCUCUCUCCUUCUUCCAUUGUAGUCAUGGCUGGUGAUGCAAUUAUGGCUUGGAGCAACAACAGAAUAAAAUCUCCCCAUCACAGAGUGAUGAUGGAAGGGAAAGGUCCAAGAUACUCUAUUGCUCAGUUCUCCUUCAUGGAAAAAACCAUGAUUCAAACUCCCACUGAACUGGUUGAUGAUGAUCAUCCCUUGCAGUUUAAGCCGUUUGAUCACCUCCAUUAUCUCGACUUUUUUAGCAAAGAGGAGAAUCGUCGACUCCCCUGUGCUCUCAAGACUUAUUGCGGUGUUUAACCUGCUACACUAUAGGUAUUCUCGACAAUAAAGAUCUUGUAUGAUCUAUAAAUAUGUCCAUUAUUUCACUUGUGGUUGUGGAACCAAAAUUGAGCAUAUUUAAAAAUGUGUAUCCUAUCUUUUGUAGAACGUUAGAUAUUAUCUUAUAUGUGUAUAUGUAAUGUUCCUUCUUAAUUGAAUUGUAU